UGGAAAAUUCUUUCACUUUGCUUUUUUCCUGAAUACCUAAGCCAAAAAUAAUAUUUAUCAUAAUAAAGCAAUAACUAAAGUAGAUUAUUAUUAUUAAAUAAAAAAAAAAAUGCAGUAAAUAAAGGCGAAUCAUAAGAAUACAAGUUGGCAAGAAUGGCGACUCUAACAUUGACUGAAACAGGUAGCACUACAACAAUGCAUAUGCAAGUCCAUCAGGAUGGACAUUCUCCAACUUUGGAGGAGCAGGCAAAUCAUUUGAAUGAACAGCAGCAGCAAUUAAUAAAUAUCGAUAACAUGGGGAGUAUUAACCACGGAUUAAACGAAGAUGUUGUAUCUAUACCCAAAGAGGUUAUGCUAAUAUCGCUGGUAUCGCAAGAGCAGGCUCUUUAUAAUCCAAAGCAUGAGUUCUAUCGUAAUACACAUCGAAAAGAUUCUAAGUGGUUAGAGAUUGCUGACAAUGUCGGUUGGACUGAGGCACAAUGUAAAUCAAAAUGGAAAGCCAUGCGUGACCAAUAUUGCCGUGAACUAAAACGCAGCAAAUUUAAUAUCAAAGCUAAUGUAAAAUGGAAAUAUUUCAAGGAAUUGGAAUUUUUACGACCUUUUGCUUUGUCGAGGAACUAUCGACCGCGCGCCACAAAUAAAAACGAAAAUUUAACUGGGUCGAACGGAAAAAAUACUUGUAACAAAUUACCAAGUAUUAAAAUGGAACAUGGUCAAUUUAGCGCGUCUGAUUUUACCGCUGAUAACGUUUUGAGUGCAGAAGAUAAACUUGACUCAACAACUUCAGGCCUUCUAAACUCAUUAAGCGAUGAGCAGCUGCACUCAGUGAUGCAGCAACACAGUGGAAGUUGGAAUUAUCUCACAACGACAACGACCACAAGUGAUGUUCACACUUUGGAAGGGAAUGAGCAUAGCCCUAAUGAACUCGACGACACUAAUUUAUUACAACAUACACACCAGAGCUCAGAAGCUGAUGAUAUGCUGUGCGCUUUGGUAGAAAGUGUACCGUCUACAAGUGUGCAAAUUCAACAAACACAAGCACACAAUGAGGAAGAAGACGACGAUCCCAUACACACGUUCCUCAAUAUAGAAAGUUUCUUCGAAAAAGACCUCAUUAACAUGAUUCAACAGGAAGAUAUUAUAUAUAAUAAUUUUCAUCCAAAUUAUCGCAAUGCUAAAAUGAAACUUGAAGUUUGGGAUGAAAUUGCACGCAAACUAAAAAAGCCAGUUGGGCGCUGUCGUUUGAAAUGGAAAGCACUGCGGGAUCAAUAUAUCAGAGAACAUAAACGACUGAAAGACCGUGAGCAUUCUGAAUUAUUGCCGCGUUGGAAGCACUAUGAUGCGCUUACAUUCUUGCAAAAGUUUAUAAAGCAUAAAACAAGCGAGAGUGAUGCUAAAAAUGCGGUACGAUUGCCUAAAACUGAAUUGGAGCUUGAUAUAGAUGAGCAUAUCAUCGAUAGUCCGCCAUUGCCAUCCCCUAUAGAAGUAGUACAACACGAUUUGGAUCAGCAAACAUUGCCAACACUGUCAGGUCCACAUACGCAACAUGACCUGCAUACAGCAACACAUGAUAUGUGCGUUGUUAGUGGCAGCAGUGUCAGCGGCUACGAUGAAAUGGAUAUUGAUCACUACAUUAUCGGACAUACAAGCGAUACUGGCGUCAAUGAUGAUGGGAUAAACAUUGAUACUGGCGAUGACGAGGAAGAUCGGAAAUCGCAUCAACAUUUUACAGAGUAUCCGCCAAGUUCAACAAAUAACAUGACUGCCAAUAACAGUGCAAAUCAACAAGAUACUGGUAGUGACGUAAAAACGGAGAUGAAUGAAUUCAAAGAUAUAAAAGAAAGUAACAUAAUGAUACAACAAGAUGAUGUAUCAUUACAAACACAACUACAUCAACAUCAACAGCAGUCAUCACAUCAGCAGCAGCAGUCACAGACACAGUUGGUGCUAUCACAACAACAUCAUCAGCCACCGUUAAUGAAGUUAACGCCGCAAACCACCACGCACCACCAACAUUUGCUCUCUUUAGAUGUUGGUGAUGAGACAAGAACUGCCACACUUACGACUAGGGAUAAAUCCCUCAUGCAACUGCAUCACCAACAGCAACCGCAACCGCAGCCGCAGCAACAAAUACAUGAUUUCAGUAAUGAAAUAAAGCAUCAACAGCCCCAACAAGCGCUUACAAGUGGUAUGGUGAAGAGCAGUAGUGCGAAUUUAACUUCCAACAACAACUGUGGCAUGUCAAUACUAAACCCUAGUACCUCACUCAGCAUCGAUUUACAAUCUUUGGCGAGUAGUUCGCAUAAUAGCUCGACGACAACAGCGAUCACGACGCAUGCCCCGUCCACCACAGUCACUGCCGCCUCUCUUCCAAUAGCUGAUAAUCAAAGAACGACCGACACUUUUGGAGACGAUGAGGUCGGCGCUUUCUUCAAAGCAGUUGCCAUGAAAAUACGCAAUGCCAAUAUGUCGCCGGUGUCUUUCACCGACCUACAAAUCGAUAUUUUACGCGUGAUAAACACUACAUUGCGCCACAAUUAGUUAGAAGCUCCUACAGCACAUCGCGCAUGUAAUUUUUUGUAUUAUCUUAUAUAAUGUAAGCACUUAGUCCUUUAUUAUAAAUGUUUUUCAAUUCCUCAAUGUACUUUCUUUUCAGAAAUUUUUCAUAUUUUACUAAGUUUAUUCUUUGAGCGUCUUACAAACAAGAAAUCUGUUGCAGAUAUGUUUUGUUGGUACGUGUUGAUUUGUGUAAAUAGGCUAUGUUUAGUUCUUCAGUACGUCUUGAAGUUAAUUUAAAUCAUAACACUAUUACGGAACAGUUUUUUUUUUAUUGUUUUAAAAGUUAUUAAAAGUAAAUUUCACGCGCAGAUAGCUGAAUUUUUUUUUUUAAUUUAUUCAAAAUUAAUGUUUUUUAACUUAAAUAAUCUUUACAUUAACUAAAGCUCUUCAUGAAUUAUUAUGCCGUUUAUAAAUUAUGUUAAAAGAAAUGGCUAGAUUUGUGCCAAAGUAGAUUAUAAAAAAGUGGACUUGAACUUGA